UUCUAUUACAGAUGAAACAGAGUCAAAGGUGUUAAAUGACUUGCCCAAGCCACGGAACUUAGCCAGUGGUGGAGUGGAGACAAACAGACCCGAGGUCACUGCACUAAACUUUGUGGAGUCAGGUUCAACUACAUUUCCUUGUUGGACCGACAAAAGCAUGAAAAAUCUUAGGUUUCCACCUAGCCUAUGGAAUGAGAGUCUCUAGCUCCCAUAGGCCUCACAGCAGUUGUUCAAAACCUGAUUCUGCCACACUACAGGUGUAGGGAAGGGCAAGUAAAUGGAGACGCUUAGGUCUCUGUGCUAGGAUCAAACUGAGGGCCUCAAAAGUGCUAGGGCAGUCAGUGCUCUGCCACUGAGCCUCCACAGCCAACCUCUCUAUGCAAAACUCAUUUCUCCUCUGGAACGCCCUGGGUCCCUGUCUAUCUGGUUCUGGGAGUCAUCCCUUUAAAUUGUCCCUGCAACUCCGAUUUAGGUGAACUAGGUGGUAUGAACCAAAAGAAACUGCCCCAGUAAGUCAAAAGAAGCCAAGAACAAGUCAUCCCUCGGCUUUUAAAUGUUCCCGCCAUCUGAAUGUCAGCUCUGGCGUGAGAGUGCUGUGUUUCCCUGUUGCACAGCAGCGCCUGGCAUAUAGUAUUGCCAUCGAUGAAUCAGUAAGAGGUUGAGGAAAUGUGAUCCUUUCCCCACGCUCUGAAGUCCACACCCGGUGCCAAGGAGGGGCGCCUUCCCCGGCGGGGUGGGGCUCGCCGCUCCCCGCUUACCGGCCUCGCCCCUCUUGCGCGCGUUAAUGAGAUUAGCAAUUAAAAGGCGGGCGAGCAGCGGCCAGAGACCAGGCCCUGACGGAGAGCGAGCUUGGGACAUGGAGAAGGCACGGCCUCAGUGGGGCAACCCGCUGCAGUUCGUGUUCGCCUGCAUCUCCUACGCCGUGGGCUUGGGCAACGUGUGGCGCUUCCCCUACUUGUGCCAGAUGUACGGCGGAGGGAGUUUCCUGGUCCCCUAUGUCAUCAUGCUCAUUGUAGAGGGGAUGCCACUCUUGUACCUGGAGCUGGCCGUGGGGCAACGCAUGCGUCAGGGCAGCAUCGGUGCCUGGAGGACCAUCAGCCCCUACCUCAGUGGUGUCGGUGUUGCUAGUGUGGUCGUCUCCUUCUUCCUCUCCAUGUACUACAACGUCAUCAAUGCCUGGGGCUUCUGGUACCUCUUUCACUCCUUCCAGGAUCCCCUGCCAUGGUCUGUCUGCCCACUGAAUGGUAACCGCACAGGCUAUGAUGAGGAGUGUGAAAAGGCUUCAUCAACACAGUACUUCUGGUACAGGAAAACACUCAACAUCUCACCAUCUAUCCAGGAGAAUGGAGGGGUGCAGUGGGAGCCAGCCCUGUGCCUCACCCUGGCCUGGCUGGUGGUGUACCUGUGCAUCCUGAGAGGCACCGAGUCAACUGGCAAGGUGGUCUACUUCACCGCAUCAAUGCCUUACUGUGUACUUAUUAUCUACCUGGUCCGUGGCCUUACACUCCAUGGAGCCACCAAUGGCCUGAUGUACAUGUUUACACCUAAGAUGGAACAGCUAGCCAACCCCAAGGCCUGGAUCAAUGCAGCCACGCAGAUCUUCUUCUCACUGGGCUUGGGGUUUGGCAGCCUGAUUGCUUUUGCCAGCUACAAUGAACCCUCCAACAACUGCCAGAAGCAUGCCAUCAUUGUAUCCAUCAUCAACAGCUCCACCUCCAUAUUUGCCAGCAUUGUGACCUUCUCCAUCUAUGGCUUCAAGGCCACCUUCAACUAUGAAAACUGCUUAAACAAGGUGAUUCUGCUGCUGACCAAUUCUUUCGACCUUGAAGAUGGCUUUCUGACAGCCAACAACCUGGAGGAAGUGAAGGACUACCUGGCAUCUACCUACCCAAGCAAGUACAGUGACGUGUUCCCGCACAUUAGAAACUGCAGCUUGGAGUCAGAGCUGAACACGGCUGUCCAGGGCACAGGCCUGGCCUUCAUUGUCUACACUGAGGCCAUUAAAAACAUGGAAGUGUCCCAGCUGUGGUCAGUGCUCUACUUCUUCAUGCUACUGAUGCUGGGGAUGGGAAGCAUGCUUGGAAACACAGCGGCCAUCCUCACCCCUCUGACUGACAGCAAGGUCAUCUCCAGCUACCUGCCCAAGGAGGCCAUUUCAGGUCUGGUGUGCCUCAUCAACUGUGCCAUUGGCAUGGUGUUCACCAUGGAAGCUGGGAACUACUGGUUUGACAUCUUCAAUGACUAUGCAGCCACGUUGUCCCUCCUGCUCAUUGUGCUGGUGGAGACCAUAGCUGUGUGCUAUGUAUAUGGGCUAAAGAGAUUUGAAAGUGACCUUCAGGCCAUGACUGGCCGGAGCCUCAACUGGUACUGGAAGGCCAUGUGGGCGUUUGUGAGCCCAGUGCUCAUCAUUAGCCUCUUUGUCUUCUACCUGAGCGACUACAUCCUCACAGGAACGCUACAGUACCAAGCCUGGGACGCCACUCAGGGGCAGCUGGUGACCAAGGAUUACCCCCCACAUGCGCUAGCUGUCAUCGGUUUGCUGGUGGCUUCAUCUACCAUGUGUAUCCCCCUGGUGGCUUUGGGGACUUUCAUCAGGAAUCGCCUCAAGAGGGGAGGCUCCUCCCCAGUGGCCUAAGAAUGGACCUCCCAGAGACUGAAGUCAGCCGCCCUCUGUUUCACAGUUGCUGCCUGCUGGUGGGAACUCCUUGGCUGGAGUGCUGGUCUGGGGCCUCCUGAGUCUGUAAAGGGGAUUCGGGAGCUUAGAAAAAGAAGGUUGCCUUGGGAAGGGGACCACAUCCUUUAGGAGAGGCCCUCCAUUCUUUGCCAUCUGAAGCCUAUACCUUGUAGCCUCCUUGUCAUCAGGGGAUAAGGCUAGUACUGAAGAUCAUUGUUUUCUUGACUCUAGAAAGUCCUAGAAUUUAAGGUAAACUGUCAUUAGAAACUUGACUGUAACUCUGAGGAGCCGAAUAGGCUCUUCAGUUUUGUUUUGUUUUUGUUUGUUUGUUUUUUGUUGUUGUUUUUGGUUUUUUUUUUCUUAAAAGAAAACAAAAUACUAGAGGGUAAUUGCUUCUCAACCAGUGUCAGAAAGUUUUGAAGCACCUAACGUGACAGAUUAGAACUCUUUUCUUUAAAGCCACAGUGAGUAUGUAAUUUUUGUGUUCUCUGACUACACUAUAAGUACUACCUGGAUUUAGUAGCUCCAAAGGAGAUCAUUCUUUCUCAGCAUCUAAGGUUCCUCACAGUGAGCCAUGACAACCCUAGACUGUACAAGGAAUCUGAGCAGACAUCGCUGGGGUUUCAGUGUCAGAUGCAUCCAUAGAAUGCAAGUAAUUGUAACUUUCCUACAAACAUCACUUACAACCACCUUCAUUCACCUCUACAUAAUCAUGUUUUCUAAAAGGUAUAUAAGUCACACAGAGCAGUGUGUAGCUGAAAACACUCUGUAUUUAUGGCCAUUAUUCAUCCA